AUGGAGCGAGGAAUGGAGCGUGGAGCGGAACGGAGCGAGGAAUGGAGCGAGGAGUGUAGCGUGGAGUGGAACGGAGCGAGGAAUGGAGCGAGGAGUGGAGCGUGGAGUGGAAUGGAGCGAGGAGUGGAGCGUGGAGUGGAACGGAGCGAGGAAUGGAGCGUGGAGUGGAACGGAGCGAGGAAUGGAGCGUGGAGUGGAACGGAGCGAGGAAUGGAGCGUGGAGUGGAACGGAGCGAGGAGUUGAACGGAGCGUGGAGUGGAACGGAGCGAGGAGUUGAACGGAGCGAGGAAUGGAGCUUUGAGCGAGGAACGGAGCGUGGAGUGGAACGGAGCGAGGAGUUGAACGGAGCGAGGAGUGGAGCGUGGAGUGGAACGGAGCGAGGAAUGGAGCGAGGAAUGGAGCGUGGAGUGGAACGGAGCGAGUAA